UGUGCGUGUGUGCGCAUGUCCUGUUUCCCGACAGGAGUCGAGCGCUUCCGAGUGGCCGAAACAUUUUUGAACCUCUUCCAAAUGUGGAUCCGGAGUCGCCGAGUGCAGCAGCAGCAGCAGCAGUAAAGCAUCUCUGGAGGAGGGAGGGUGAGAUACGAGGGACCCCACCCAGGCAACGUUCACGCACAUCUGCACCGCCGACAAACCGAGUGAAGGGACGGACGGACACUUGCCGGAUCAUCGGAUUCAGGUGCUACAAAACAGCCACGAUGAGCAAACCCUGUGUGGUCACGCUCACCCUUCUGCUUGCCACAGUGCUGUCAGUGUCUGGCAAGGUCAACGAGGAAUCCUUGAUGCUAUUCCUCGGCGAAGACCUCCACAUCCUGCUGCACGCGCCCGGGCUGGAGGUGACCUUUCGCCCGACCCCGCGAUCGACUGAAGUGGUGCUGAUGCGGGGCGACAUGGUGGUGGGGAACCGGGCCAAGAAAAACCUUUACCUGAAACACCUGGUUGUCAACUCGGUGGUCGAGGGAGACGAGGGCGUGUACACAGUGAAGAACCCCGAAGAUCCCGAGGACGUCCGACGCAUCAGGGUCUUCGUUCGAGAUUGCUACAACGAGCAGAUGGUAAAAUACGGAGAAAACUUCCGGAUUCCGCUGUUGGAGGUGACGCCACCCAUCACCCUGGAGCACAGGCCCAGUGCGGUGGAGGCCAACCUGACAUCCAAACCGGCGCUGGUGCUGCUGACGAGCACGUAUAAACCCCGGGAAGGCUACCAGGGUCGCAUCAGCGUCAGCGACCAGCACGUGGUCCUGAGGUCGACAACGGGGGCCGACGAUGGCAGCUACACCGUCAGGGAUGCUCAAGGCGCCGUUCGGAUUAAAAUCUGUCUCCAGGUCAUAGAGCACCAGCACUUUGUCAACCUGCAUCACGGCGAACGACUGAAGAUUAACCUGAUGCUCAACAGCUCCAUGGUACACCUCUACUACAGCGCCGACACGGACCACCAGAUGCGCCUACUCAUGGAUCGAGGGGAGUUCACCGACGCCCAAACAAAGCUAGGCUUCAAGGGUCGCCUCUCCGUGGAGGGAUCUCUGGUCUUCCUGGAUCAAGUCAAGCGCUCCGAUGAAGGCCUCUUCAAAGUCACCGACACACAGGGAUUCCCCAUGUCCAGCAUCCACAUGGAACUCAAACCCUACAAGCUGGAGUCCAUCUACGUGGCCAUCAUCGCCCUGCUGAGCCUGCUGGUUUUCCUCCUUCUGGCCUGCCUGCUGUCCUGCCUGAUCAAAGUCCAGAAGAGGGCCAAGAGGGCCGCCGCCUUGGAGAAGAUCGCCCAGAAUGCUGGCAAGGAGGACGAGGGGGAUGCCUUCAGACAGGUGGUCAAGAACAUCACCAAACUCAGCGAGGAGUCCAAGCAUUCGCAGGCCGACAACACCGAGAAAUCUCAGAGCACUGAGGUGGACAUUAAAGGACUGGAGAUUUCUUCGAAGGAGGUCGGCGUCGGCAACCUGGACACCAGCGACUCGGGCGUUGGCUUUAACACAGCCCUGCCGCUGGACACUGACACCGACGCCCCUGAGCAAAUCCACGACUCGGAUGCCGUGAGCAUCUCCGUCGCUCCCGAGACUAAAUCAAGUGCUCCACCGCCACCGACCAUGAAAGACGUCGAAUCCACUCCGGUAGCUGAAACCAAGCCGAGUGCCGCGGAAGUAAAGCCUGAAACCAAAGACGUCGAGACCCACCCUGCUCAGUCGGUGAACCUGGAUGUGCCCAAACCGGCCGACGUCAAGUCCAGCCCAGUCUCCAGCCCGGUACUCAAGAGUCCGGCGAGUCCAGCAACUGAGCCAAAACCCGUCGGCGAUACCCUGGAGCCCAAGCCGACCACCCCGAAAGUCCCAAGCCCGGCUCCGGAACCUCACAAGAUGUUUUCAUCCGCCGCCCAGGGGGCCUAUGAGCCUCCCUCAUCCGAUGACCACAUUCCGUUCUUGACAGAGCCCAUCCCCAAUGGCACCCCUGAACCUGACAAGCGGUCUGAACUCUGACCGGAUGGAGUGUUGAUCCCACAAACGCAGACUCGGAUAAAUGGCGAUCACAAAAAAAGGUUUGUUUAAAGAAACGCGAGAGACCCGACAAAGCAGUCAACAAAAAGCGCUGGCAACAAAAGUCCCUGAAAACCAAAUGACAACAGAAGGCGCUUUGCCAAUUACAAGGAAACGAUAAUCACCGAGAAAUACACAAAAAUGAAAUGAGCUUAGUUGAAUCACACGAAGCCAAGAGCAACUACAACAAAUUAACAAGUACUCAGAACCUCCCCCCCCCAAAAAAAAUCCCAUGAUGAGGAGAGCGACUAGGAACAAGAACGAGAGAUCUAGAAAAUAGCACUUGUGCAAAAGUAGUGAACAAGAGCAAUACUGUAGUCCCACAACGGAGACAAGAAGUCCGAGUCCUGAAAUAUGCAGCCAGCCACUUGAUUGCCUUGAUCAGACACCGACGCACCGCUGAAGGGUGACGCCCCCACACUCCAGCCGCCGCUGAAACAAACAAACAAAAACACAACAGAGCGGAACAUUGCAGAACCGGGCCCAGAUCAAACUGAUGUUAAUUGGAGGUUCCUCUCUGUAAGCCGUGCCGCCCCCUAAAGCCCCCGAAGUGGAUCCCGAAUCAACAUGGAGAUUCUCCCACCAUCACCACCACCACCACCACCUGAGGACUGACUGCUCACAUUGGAAAGCCCCAAGCGACACACCAGCACUGUCGACAAUCAAACCACCCCCCCCUCGAAUUCGGGACUUUGCUUGUUCUAAUUGCCUGUACAGAGCCGAACAAUCCAUCAUUCGUUUCGUAACAUCUUUGUAUUUCUUGCAGGCUUUUCUUUGGAAAUCCCCACCACAAAACUGCCAGGCUCCAAACGCAGAGUUUACAAAGUAGAAAUUCCACCGGAAGCUAUUUUCUAACAGCGAGUUGUGCACUUCAUGACAACAAGUCGUAACAAUUUGGCCUCGCUGUCACUUUUCUGCCUCAGGCUGAAUGCUCGUGUACUGACUAGCAUGAAAAAAAAAGUUUUGUCCAUCCCACGUUAAAAUGAUUCAGUCACAUUUAGAAAAAAAACCACAGUGGGUUUUGUAUAACUUCAAAAUAUACACACACACAUAGAAUCAGACUUCAUUUAAACAGUGUUUCCCUACGUUUUACUACCUCAUUCCUCAAAAGUAGAUUUAAUGUCAUUGUUCCGCCCCUGUAAGAUUCUGUCGUGUUUGAACAUUAACACAGCACGUAAAUAGAGCAAAAUAUUGUACGAAAAUAAUAAUGUUUCAAAUGUAUUGCUUAUAAACGUUAUAUAAAAGGCUAACCACCUUGGCCGCUAAGUCACCGCUUCUAAAUGUGCAGCAAGGUAAACCAGCGCAGUGCGAAAGGACCUUUUAGAGUUUGAGGAAAGUCAAGAAAUUGAAUAAACUCAAUUGAUGAUUACAUAGAUUCAUUGGAGAAGCACAGAAGAAAAAAAAUGAAUGAAAUGUUAAUUACCGGUAAGAAAAAUGUUGCUGAUAGUUUUCCUGGCUAAUAUCAGACAAUAUUCCAGCAUUUGCCAAUGCCGUGUAUUAGGAUUUAGUCGAGGAUCAGAUCAGUAAAACACUUCAAAUCCCCAAAUUAUUACACUUUCUCUGCGUUAAUACAAGCAGCAGGUUGGUCCUUGGCAUGCCUGACGGCUUCCACUUCAACACACGUACACACACUCCGGCUUUGUAAAUAGUGCAUGUGUACACCGCUUGAUUAACCCUCAAAUUGACUUUUUUGUGUACGGAAUGGUUAUUGUAUCAUGCUAAAUAAUAAUGAAGACAACAAAUUCCAAUUCCCCCGCAAGCUUAAUAGGCAUAUGUAAAUAUAAAUAUUAAUAUAUAUAUUUAUAUAUAUAUAUAUACACACACACACACUAUAGAUGACAGCAACUAAUAUUCAUGAAAGCGUUAAAAGCCAAACACUGAUGUAACAUCCGUUUUGGAUUUUGUACGUUGCUCUCUCGCGGCGCAGUAUUUUCCAUGUUGUGUUCAAAUGUAACUGAUGUCAUUGAACGCAGCACGGUCAAGGAAAACAACGCAGGCUUUUGUCACCCUACACUUUCUAUGUGCGUGCCAUUUCCGAGCUGUGACACACGCGCGUGUGUUUUGUGUAAAAGUGCAUUGACGUGCGUCCGUGUGAUGUUGUGCUCAACAAAAGGUCAUGAGCGUGAAUGUGUCACAAAACCUUAAACGGUGAAUAGUAAAAGUUGUGGUAACUUGUACAUAUUUGUGCGUCUUUUAUUGUUAGUGGAGGAUGCAUGAGAUGGAUGAAAUGCUUUUCCAGGGCUCCUCAAAGAAAAAAAAAAUCAUCCAAACACGAUUGAAUUUGAAUUUGUUUAACCUUUUUUUUUCCUUCUCAAGCUGCUGCUUAAAGUGCGACCAAAAAUAAACUGGCCAUAUUUGUG